CCGGCGGGAGCUAUGGCGGCUCUCCUCGGUGGUAGCCGGCGCUUUUUCAGCGGCUUUCUCGCCGGAGCGGUCGUGGGUGCCACUGGGGCCGGGCUCGCUGCCCGGAGGCUUCUCCGCCACCACGAGGAAGACUCUGCUUCGAGGACGAGAAAGACGGCGGAGCCACCUGAAGAAACCAUCUUGGAGCAAUAUGGAUUCCCUGUGAUCGGGACCCAGGCCAGACGCUACACAAACCACGCCCUGUCCUAUGAUCAGGCCAAGCGGGGGCCUCGCUGGGUCAUCGAGCACAUCUCCAAGAGGAAGACUCAGGGCAAUGCUGACCGAAGACACUGCAAGUUCUGCCCAGACCCCAGCGUCCCACCGGCCUUCAGCGCGGACAACGAUGACUACCUGGGCAGCGGAUGGUCUCGGGGACAUAUGGCACCGGCUGGAAAUAACAAAUUCUCAACUGAAGCCAUGCAAGAAACCUUCUACCUCUCGAACAUCGUGCCUCAGAACUUUGAUAACAAUGCUGGCUACUGGAACAGAAUGGAAAUGUAUUGUCGAGAGUUAACAGAGCGGUUUGAGGAUGUCUGGGUAGUAUCUGGGCCCUUAACCUUGCCGCAGACAGGAGAGGAUGGGAAGAAGAGAGUUACCUAUGAGGUGAUCGGCAAGGACAACGUGGCUGUCCCCUCACAUCUCUACAAGGUUAUCCUGGCUCGCAGGAGCCCCAGCUCCCCCGAGCCCUUGGUGUUGGCUGCCUUUGUGGUGCCCAAUGACGCCAUCGGCUUCCGGCCCCAGCUCAUCGAGUUCCAGGUGAGCCUCCAUGAUCUGGAGAAGAUGACGGGGAUGGUAUUCUUCCCUCGUCUGGACAAAGCCAAGGACACGAGGAACCUCUGCGAGGUGGACACAUGCAGGCUGCUGGACUUCCAGGAGUUCACGCUGUACCUGAGCAAAAGGAAGGUGCGGGGAGCGCGGACGGUCCACAGGCUGGAGAAGGUCAUGUCUGAGCUGAAGGAGGCCGGGGUACAGCCCGAUGAGCACCUGCUGAGCCUCUACAGAGAGAAGCUGGAGGAGCUGGCCUCUGCUGACCAGCCAGGAGCCCAGGAGAGGAGGUCGGGCUGAGGCCCACGGUGGGCGGCCAUGGAUGCUGGGCCGGGGUGGUCUGACCGUUGGGCAUACUCGAGACUAAGUGACUGUGCGAGAUUCCCUGCCCUCCUCUCAUGAUCACUGGGAUGGGCCCGGCUGAAGCUGGAGUGGCCGGCUGGCAGCCUGGUACUCAUUUGCUUAUGCGAAGAGAGAGGUUCACUGCGGUGCCUCAUUUCAUGCCCAUCCAUGACUCCUCAGUGUGCCCAGACACUUCCGGACUGUCCUGUGAUCAUGUCUUUAGAAAGUCCCCAUGCUGAUGUCCUGGUCAGGCCCCCUCGGGAUCCCAGGGCUGAGCUCUCCUUUGCCUGCACCAGCCUGGUUGGAGCAGCCAGCCCAGUGCCAUCCUCUCCCACCCCUGCACGCCCUCCCUUCCCCCCAUGCCUAGUAGGCAUCUGCCUCUGCCACUGGGCCGGGCAGCCCUCCUCCUUCCUGUUCCUGGUGCCUUUCUUGAGGAGCACGCCAACAUCUGUCCUCAUUAAUCACCCCCAGAGGCUCCUGCUCCCCUUAAUGUUGGGACCCCUCCAGCUAAGAGAGGAAGCUGAUUAGGGCCCUAUUGGGUUUCAGCCUGCCCCUGCCCCUUCUGAAGCCUUUGGCCCAGGGUCCCAUGUCCAUUUCCAUGGGUACCUGUGAUCCUGGGGGCCUCCGGGCCAGAUCUUUGAAGGACCUGGCUCCUUUCCUUUCAGGUGGGCCUAGGGGGCUUCCGUUCCUCAGCUGUGAGCCCUGCCCUCUCAAUCUGCCAGAAGGAGCUAUGUCAGAAGACCUACCUAGGCCAGCGAGAAAUGCCUCGUGGGCAUUUCCGAGCUCUGUUUGCCUCCAGGUCCCAGACGAGCAGGAGCUGACAGGAUGGCCCAGGCCUCCUCUGGGCAGGCGCACAGGCAGCAACCCCCGGCUUAGAAUCUGGCUGGUUUGUAUGCCAUGUUCCGAAUGGGCGGGUUCUAAAAGCUAGCCGGGAGCAGAGGCCCAGCGUGUGUCUGCCUGGGCAGGGGGGCUGGGCCCCGGCAGGCUUAAUGAGAGCUCACUGGGGUGCAAAGCCUGGAAUUGACAGCACUUUGGGCCAUCCCAGAACAGCCUCGUGAGGGAGGCAGGUGACGUCCCGCACCUGCAGGGGCAGGUAAUACCUUGUGUGUGCAGGACAGCGUGCUCGGUACCGGCCCCUCCCCUUAGUGGGGCAGAAGAUAUGUCCACAAAUGACUCAUCAAAAGGAGGGAGAGACGCCCCCUCUCGCCUGGCGCAUCAGUGGGGGCUUAGUGGCCUCCUCCAUCGCCGGCCUGAGCCUGACUCUUGACUUCGGGUCUGCACGAAACCCUUUUCUGGGUUAUACAAAUGUGCAGAGAGAGACCUUGGGGCACAGCCAGGACUUGUCUGAAUGUAUCAGACCACAGGCCGUCUUCCUGUGCAGACUCUGCAGGCGAUUUCUGUUGUUUUUAUGUGUCUCUUUUGGCUUCUGGAAGCGCAGGGCCUUAGAUAGUAUGUGGGUGUCACGGCGAGCUCAGGCCUUGCUGGGUUCUGGUACAAAGACUACGUCAGAUCCAGGCGCCAGAAGCCAUGGGCCUUCCUCUCCCUGGUCACAUUACCCGGGCUCUGCCUCCCCGGCUCAGCGGCCCACAUCUCGGAGGACAGUAGGAGUAUAGGUGCCACCACGAGCUGGGGCAGCGGUACCCUGGGGAGAUGCGGAGGAUGUGAGCAAGAUCCACUGUCCCCAGAGUCUGGCUGUAUGGAGCUGAAAGGGGUGGGGUGAGGGUUCCCAUCUCUAAGGAAGAAGUGGGGUCUCCUGGUUUUAUAAUUUUUAAUUUUUUAAUAAAAGAAUGUCGAAGA